CUGCAGGCAACCUUCACAUCAUCGUACAACAGCAAUAUACAAAUGGAGAGAAGAAAAAAAGAAAAGUGUGCUUCCCAAAGAAUACACCACUCCUCCUCCCUGCUCUGUUCUGCUCUACAAACCCACCACCAACACCAUUCACACACUUCACUGUCCUCCCUUCCUCCAUAUCUAACUCCCCCCUUUCCUUAAUGUUGUCGUCGUCAUCCACCGGCGGCGAAGACUCCAGUCACCACGGCGCCGGCGCCGGCAACACGACUUCCUCUUCCGAUCAGUACCCUGACCCCGCUUACCCCACAACAUUCCCAAACCCCAGAACCAUGGAAGAAGUGUGGAAAGACAUCAACUUGUCCUCUCUCCACGACCAAUGCCCCACUCCCGGCGGCGACCAUCAGCACCACCACCACAACCAUAACCGCAAUCACCACCACCGCCGCCACCAAAAUCAAAACUUUAUCUUCCAGGACUUCUUCUCUCGCCCUUUCGACCAAGACCCACUUCCCUCUCGAUUCCCUCCCUCCUCCCCUGCCUCCGCCGCCGCCCCUCCGCCAUCCAGAGAUUCUCCCCUGCCUACACACGCCACCGUGCUGAGCCUGCACUCCGGCUCAGCCGGAUUACCGCCGGCCUCAACCCAUUUGCAGCCACACCAGAUGGUUUCCACUGAAUACCCUAUUCCCUUCAACAACACCCAAUUCGACGAUGGGCUGGACUGCUCUGCCUCGCUGCUGAACCCUUUUCAGAGGAAAAGGGUUCAGGAUUCCGAUGACGGCGGCGGCGGUGGAGGGGAUCGCCGGCAUAAGCGUAUGAUCAAGAACCGCGAGUCUGCCGCCAGAUCCAGAGCUAGAAAACAGGAAACUUUACCUUUCCCCUUUCCCCUCUCAAUUCCUUUUUCCCCGUAGUUUCCCCCCAAUUUUAAAGUCUCUGUUUUUUGGGGAUUUUCCCCCCGCUGUUUUCCUCCUCUUGCAGGCUUAUACCAACGAAUUGGAGCUUGAAGUGCAGCAUCUGCUUGCCGAAAAUGCCAAGCUAAAGAAGCAGCAAGAAGAGGUACCAAACCAAUCUACUUAUCCCUCUCUUUCCUUGUUGUUUCCAUAUUCUGCAACAACUGUCAAUUUCAUUCGGUUUAGAUAUGUUACACGAAAAAAGUAACAACCAACAACAACAACAAACACCCACAUGGCCUUUGUUUGUUUGCUUGUUUUGGGCAUAUAGCUGCGGGUGGCGGCAGCGUCGUCUCAAGUUGCCAAAAGGAGCACCCUCUUUCGGACGUCAACAGCACCAUUUUGAGCACAAGGGGAAUGGAUAUUUACUAUUUAGCUGCCCUGGCUGCGCGCUUUUGCAUUAAAAUAAGGCCAGAUCGAUCUUUUGACCUUAUUAGCCAAAAAAAAAAAAAAAAAAAAAACAAAAAAAAAAGGGAAAGAACAGUUUGCUCCUUUUAGUAGGAUUGAUGGGUGGGUGGGCUUUUGUUGUAAUGAAGGAUUUCCAGAUAU